AUAUGUCAAGGCUCAGCGUGCCUCCGUCAGCAGGAGGAAAAAGCAAGAAAUCGUUUCCCAAGAGGGCGGCGCCUUGAAGUCAGAACCGAGUCAAAGUUACACUGUACUUGUGCAACACUGUCGGGAGUUGUGACUGACUUCUGCUGACGGGCGGAGGGACGCGAGGAGAAAGAGGAGGAAGAGGAGGAAGAGGAGGAACAGGAGGCGAGCAGUGGAAGCCAGUUGAUGAAUAUCACCCAGAGGCCGUGUAACAAGUAUUCUAUGCUGCUGAUAAGAGGCCCAUAUGCUCCAGGAAUGGAUCAGGCACUUCCAAGCCAGAGCUCAGUGUUGGACCAGCUUGAACCGGACAGCGAGGAGCUCCAGCUCAGAGUGGACUUCUUCAGGAAACUGGGUUACCCCUCAUCAGAGGCGAAAGCUGCUCUGAGGAAGCUGGGCCUGAGCACAGACACCAACUCUGUGCUGGAAGAGCUGGUUCUGAGCAGGACCGGAGUUGCACCCUGCAUGUCCAGUUCUGAUGGUGAUGAGAUUAGCACGGGCCAAAAGGACCCACUGCUGCCUCCCAGUUGGGCCCUUGGAACCUGCAGAACCAAUCUACAACAUGGGGACCGGAAGAACACAGACACAGAAUUGAGGCCCAUUGUUAUUGACGGCAGCAAUGUUGCAAUGAGCCACGGCAACAAGGAAGUGUUCUCAUGUCGCGGCAUCCAACUUGCAGUAAACUUCUUUCUGGACAGAGGUCACAAUACUAUUACAGUGUUUGUUCCCACUUGGCGCAAAGAGCAGCCCAGACCUGACGGCCCCAUAACAGAUCAACACAUCCUGACUGAGCUUGAAAAACGGAAAAUAGUGGUCUUCACUCCAUCGCGCCGAGUUGGUGGCAAGCGAGUGGUUUGCUAUGAUGAUCGCUUCAUUGUCAAGGUGGCGUAUGAGUCAGAUGGAGUAAUUGUAUCCAAUGACACAUACCGCGACCUCCAAGGAGAAAGACCUGAGUGGAAGAAAUGCAUCGAGGAGAGGCUCCUCAUGUUCUCCUUUGUGAAUGACAAAUUCAUGCCCCCAGAUGACCCUCUGGGUCGCCAUGGACCCAGUCUUGACAACUUCCUUCGGAAAAAGCCGCUGCCUACAGAGCAAAAGAGACAGCUGUGUCCUUAUGACAAAAAGUGUACUUACGGUAUCAAAUGUAAGUUCUACCACCCAGAGCGGUCAAACCAGUCCUACCUGUCAUUGGCUGAUGAAUUGAGAGAAAAAGCCCAGAUUUCUACUGUAAAAGAACAAAGGAAUGCCAGAGUAUCACCCAGGCAACUUCAGUCUGAUCCUGGGCCGGCUCUUGAUGCAUUUCCCCAUCCUAAAGACUCAAACACAGAGCACACAAGAGACCAGCAAAGUUACUCACAUCCCAGUCAGGUUUGCAAAAAUACACUGUACUGGGAGGAUCCUAGAAAAAGUCAAAAUCAUAUGCCCUGUCCUGUAACAGGAGGCCAGGGUCAGAAAGAGUGGCCCGGGCUGCACUCCAUGCCAAAUCAUUACUAUGCCAACGUCUCUCACGAUUACCUGGAUUCUGGCCUUGGCUCUUAUGAGAGUCAGUACUCUGACUAUUCGCAUUGCCUCAACCACUCCCACAGCCUCAGGCCUCAGCAGCAAAGUGCCUUGGCUGGGCCCAGACAUGCUCAAAACAACACCAGCCAGUCUUGCAGGUGCUGUUCCCACAUAGUGCCAGCUCAGCAGCAACACCAUGGAGACCAGGGCACCAAGGGUCAACCCAAAUACGACACUUACCCUCCUCACAUGUUCCCGGCCAGUGUGCCACACCAAAACAGCCUCCGGAGCCAUCUCCCUUACAGUGGAGCCCCACAUCAUCAGCAACAUUACUGGUCGGAUCCCUUUCAGGGGCUGCCCCAAGCCAGGACAUCAUGUGUUCUCCCCUCUUCGGUCCAUUCAUCACACCCUCACAACUGCUCUUACAAAGGCCAACAGCACCACUUCUCGGGCCAACAACAGUCGUCCUCUGCUGCGUACGACCCACAAACGUUGGAACUCCGCAAGAAGCUGCAAGCCAUCUUCAACCCGCAGCAGGUGGAUAGAGUCAUGGAAAUGUUUCCACAUGUGAUGAAUGCGGAGAAACUGGCUGCAGAGAUCCUCAACCUGAAGGCUCAGAGAGGUAUAUUCGGAUAAUUCCUCUGAUUAUUUUCUUCCCAUAUCAGGACUGACAUGAUUCUUGUGUUGACUCUCUUUCAUAGUAAACGAGGAAACGCUUGAGAGGCUUCAAGUGUUUCUAGUGGAAGGAUUUGUAAUCUAAUUGAAAAUAUGUUUCCGUCCGUGCAAUUUGCCUUCCUAUUAAUGCAUUCUGUUCAAUGCUUUUUGUAUGACAUUGUAGUCAAAUGGGACCCUAUCAUCCAAUGAUUUGGAUGUAAAGUGCCUCUAGACCAAAAAUAUUUAUGAAUGAGUUUUUAGAGUUGUGACCGUUGAUGCAUAUUGUGUCCAAUGCUCCAUGUCCAUAUAUCUUUUUUUUCCAAAACAAGGAAAUGCUGGAUAAAGUAUUACAUUUUUACAGGAACUACCAUUCUCAGUAGUUCUCCAGAGCAGCGUGUUGUUCAAUAGUAUCUCUGAGGUGUAGCUACACUAUAUCACAAUAUGCUGUGGCUGCCCGAUGCAUUCAGUGGGUGUCAAUCCAGUUGAAGAUCCGGGCUCCCGCAUCGUAUUCAUAAUGAAACCCAACAAGGAAAAUGAAGAGAUUGCUUUGUGUCACCACCUUUUCUUGUAAUCAGCAGCUGUUUCAUGAUACAUUCUCAGAACAAGUGUUGCUGUAAUAUUAGACGUGUAUUUAGAUCACUUUGCGUUUGAAGAAAAUGACAAUGGAAAUGUGGAAUUUAAUUCUCAUAAACAGAGAUUAUGUUCUCAUAUAAUUGUAUACUGUGAGAUAAAUGCAUAGUUGGCGUAUAUCGGAAUAAAAUAAACACAAAAAAUGUAAAA